UCGGAACGUUGGAGGUUUCCGGCCACAAAGGCAGGGCCUCGGGGGAGCCAAGAGAGGCGGAGAGAGACACACAGAGGAGUAGAGACCAACAGACAGAGACAGGAGUUGGGAGAGACUAGAAAGAAGCUGGGGGAGGCAGCACCAGGGGGCUGGUGAUCUGCACACAGGGUUGGGGGGCACACACCAGUCCCCAGAGACACCUCCCUCCCCAGAGACAGCCUGUCUGCCCCCUCGGGUGCUGGGAGCCCAGCUUGAUGCAAGCAGCUUGGCUCCUCGGGGCCCUGGUGGUCCCCCAGCUCCUGGGCUGCAGCCAUGGCGCUCAGGAAGCCGACAGGGAGUGGGAGGGGGGCUGGGGAGGCGCCCAGGAGGAGGAGCGGGAGAGGGAGGCCCUGAUGCUGAAGCAUUUACAGGAGGCCCUGGGGCUGCCGGCUGGUGGGGGGGACGAAAAUCCUGAGGGAACCUCUGAAGGCAAAGGGGCCUUGGGGGCCGAGGAAGAUGGUCUGGAGGAGGCAGAGGAGGAGGAAGCAACGCCAACCCUCUCCUCCAGUCCCAGCCCCUCUCCCACCCCUGAGGACACCGUCACUUACAUCCUGGGCCGCCUGGCCGGCCUGGACGCGGGCCUGCACCAGCUGCACGUCCGUCUGCACGCGCUGGACACCCGCGUGGUCGAGCUGACCCGGGGGCUGCGGCAGCUGCGGGAGGCGGCGGGCGACACCCGCGACGCGGUGCAAGCCCUGCAGGAGGCGCAGAGCCGCACUGAGCGCGAGCACGGCCGCUUGGAGGGCUGCCUGAAGGGCGUGCGCCUGGGCCACAAGUGCUUCCUGCUCUCGCGCGACUUCGAGGCGCAGGCGGCGGCGCAGGCGCGCUGCGCGGCGCGGGGCGGGAGCCUGGCGCAGCCGGCGGACCGGCCGCAGAUGGAGGCGCUGAGCCGGUACCUGCGCGGCGCGCUCGCGCCCUACAACUGGCCCGUGUGGCUGGGCGUGCACGACCGGCGCGCCGAGGGCCUCUACCUCUUCGAGAACGGCCAGCGCGUGUCCUUCUUCGCCUGGCACCGCGCGCCCCGCCCCGAGCCCGGCGCCGCGCCCAGCGCCGCGCCGCAUCCGCUCAGCCCCAACCAGCCGAACGGCGGCGCGCUCGAGAACUGCGUGGCGCAGGCCUCGGACGACGGCUCCUGGUGGGACCACGACUGCGAGCGGCGCCUCUACUACGUCUGCGAGUUCCCCUUCUAGCGGGGCCGGUCCCCGCCUCUCCUCGCCGUCCCGCCCCCUGCCCUCCGCGCGGGCCGUGCGCCCUGCCAGGACGCCCCUCCCUCCCUGCCCGUGGAUGGAAGGGAGGCCCCCCUGGCUGGGCGAUCCCAGGGGUGGGGGGCCUCCUGCGGGCCCGGGACCCCUUCCUUGCCUGUGUCUUUUCUAGAAGCGGCGGGCACCAGGCUAGAUCCGCUGCCAAUAAAGCCUUGUGGAAUCUGA